CCAAUAUGAUAACAACCCGUUUCUGUAAGGUUUGGUUUUCUCCACUGAACAUUGACUCUAAGUACCUGUGAAAGCUACCACCUUCUAUUCUCUUUUAUAACCACACUGGAUUGCACCAGCAAAACGGCUGGAACUAUCUGCAUCCAUAUUAUAAUUAGUCCCAUCAUUAAGAGGGGGAAAAAUAAAGUUUCCCUAUUGUCUUUAUUACUUGUUCCUUGUCAUCUUGUGAAAGCUUUUAAGCUAAACGUAACAUAACAUACCCUUGAUCAUAUCUGAAACAUUAAUGAUUAUUCUGUUCAGAUAUUAAAGCUGAUUCAGGCUUUGGAAGUUUCAAUGGCUGAAACCAAUACUAGUAACAAAAGCUCUAGCCAAUUGAGGUAUGUUUAUAGUUUUGCCGAUAAGGUGAAAAGUUUUCCUGGUUGGGCAAGGAGGGCAACAUGGAAGGUUGGCAAAGAGGAUCCAAGAAGGGUGGUUCAUGCUUUGAAAGUUGGCAUGGCUUUGACACUAGUUUCUUUGCUGUAUCUGAUGGAGCCAUUGUUCAAAGGGAUUGGGAAAAAUGCUAUGUGGGCUGUUAUGACUGUGGUUGUGGUUAUGGAGUUCACUGUAGGGGCAACAUUAUCCAAAGGACUAAAUAGAGGAUUAGGGACUCUUUUAGCAGGAUCAUUGGCAUUUCUUAUUGAGUAUGUUGCAGAUGCCCCAGGUCGGAUUUUUCGAGCAGUUUUCAUCGGUGUUGCAGUUUUUAUGUUAGGAGCAAUGACUACUUAUGUGAGGUUCAUCCCCUAUAUCAAGAAGAAUUAUGACUAUGGUGUUCUGAUCUUUCUCCUGACCUUUAAUUUGAUAACUGUAUCAAGCUACCGCAUUGAUAAUGUCUGGAACAUUGCAAAAGAUCGCAUGUCCACCAUUGCCAUAGGUUGUGGCCUAUGUCUUGUGAUGAGCAUAUUAGUAUUUCCAAAUUGGUCAGGAGAAGAUCUCCACAACAACACUAUAUCAAAGCUUGAAGGCUUAGCCAACUCUAUACAAGUCUGUGUCAGGGAAUAUUUUUAUGAUUCUGCAAAAGAAGCAACUGAAGAUGAUGAUUCAUCGGAGGAUCCAAUUUACGAAGGUUACAAGGCUGUUUUAGACUCCAAAGCAAACGAUGAAACACUGGCAUUACAAGCAAGCUGGGAACCAAGAUGCUCAAGAUAUUGCCACAGAAUCCCAUGGCAUCAAUAUGCAAGAGUGGGAGCUGCUCUCCGCCAAUUCAGUUACACUGUUGUAGCAUUACAUGGAUGUCUACGGUCUGAAAUUCAGACACCAAAGUCAAUCCGUGCCCUGUACAAAGACUCUUGCAUGAGACUUGGAGAGGAAGUGUCAAAAGUAUUAAGGGAACUGGCCAACAGCAUAAGGAACAAUAGUCAAUUCUCCACUCAAACACUCUCAAACAAUCUAAAUGAAGCAUUACAAGACCUGGACAAUGCCUUAAAAUCCCAACCACAACUUGUACUAGGCUCAAGGAAUGGUCGAGUUCAAAAGCUUGAAGCUGAGGACACAGCAGCAGCAAGAACCUCAUUAUCGAGUGUUAAGAAUGAUUUUUUUUCACCACGAAAGAAGGUUUUAAGGCCGCAACUGAGUAAGAGUGCCAUCAUUAGCCUUGAAUUCUCAGAGGCAUUACCCUUUGCUGCUUUCACUUCUUUGCUUUUAGAGAUGGUGGCUAAACUGGAUCAUGUUAUGGUUGAAGUUGAAGAGUUGGGUCGGAUGGCACACUUUAGAGAGUUCAAAGAAGAUGAUGAGAUUGUAGUGACUUUCGAGAAAUCAAAAAUGAUUAUAGCUCAGAAUGGCUUGCCUUCUUAUGGAGCAGAGUAGUUGGUAGAGUCCAUAGGGAGCAAUGAGAGAUAUUAGCAGAGUUACAUGAGUACAUAGAUGCAUGCAUGCAUACAUUCGUGUGUGUAUGUAAAGGAACUUGCUCGUCUUUUUACAUGGAAAAGAUGUACGUAAAAUGCUUCCACAACAAUUAUUACCCUCAAGUGCAAAGUGAGCUCCUAUGCUUUUGUUAAGAUUUCUCACGAGCCUUGUGCAUACGGAUUACGGAAGAAUAACAUAUAUACAUCUAGGUAUAUGAUUUUACAAUUUUA